AUGGAUCUUAACCCCCUCAAUUACCAUGAGUUGGGUCCCAAACUUCUGGGAGACAUGUUUCGAAUUCUCCAUCUGAAUCGUGCACUGCAUCUGCACCCAGGAACAGACCAUGACCUGGUCGAGUGCGACCUCACUCACACGUCGCUGGAGGGCCGUCCAUCUUACGCCGCUCUAUCAUACUGCUGGGACGUUCCUCAACCUCAACACAUCAUUAUAUGCAAUGGAAAGAAACUCCCGAUCAGACACAACCUCCACGCCGCAUUGCUUCACAGACGGCAGUCUGACCAGACCAUAACUCUCUGGGCCGAUGCGAUAUGCAUCAAUCAAGAUGAUCUGGAAGAAAGAGGCCGACAGGUCGGGCUCAUGAAGGAUAUAUUCCUCGCCGCAGCAGAGGUUAUCGUCUGGCUUGGUGAGGAAACGGACGACAGUGACAUCGGUAUGCAAGCGGCUCAAGAUCUCGCAGACGCUGGGCGUGAGUAUCUGAAGCACCGCGAGACGCUCGAGAACCUGCCGCCUGGCGACUCUCUUGUUGUCUCCACCUUUGGGCCAUUCAAACACCGGUCCCAAUGGGCUAGAUUCAACGCAUUUUCCAAGAUUAUCGACCGAAACUGGUUCUCCAGAACGUGGGUUGUCCAGGAGGCCGCUGUCGCAGCAAAGAUCACGAUCCACUGCGGCAAGGCGACCAUGACGUGGGAAGACUUUACGAACGCGGCAGUGCUUCAAAAUCAAUUAGACCUCUACACAAGUCAUCACGACCGAAAUGGCCCACCUCUGAUGAUCAUUCAGACCAGAGAUGACUUUCAAAACGGUGUAGAACGGGACCUUCUCGCCAUUACGUAUCGACACCGACUUUUCGAUGCCACAGACCCCAGAGACAAGAUAUACGGCGUGGCAGGAUUGGCGAGCUGCUCGCUCGCAAGGAGUUUAAUGUCCCAUGUCGAUUACACUAUUGAGCCGUUCGUUCUCUACCGCCAGGUUGCUACUGAGAUGUUGAAGCGUGGCACGGACCUGAAUGUUCUCUCCGUUCCUCGUGGUCUCGAUAUUGACCAUCCCGAGGGGCUUCCAAGUUGGACACCAGAUUGGAGAGUCAUUAGGCAAUCUCCAGCGGUGGGCUUAAAGAACCAAGACGAUAUAUAUGAGAUUAGAUACGACGCCAGCGGUGGCUCUAAGCCGGCUGUGCAGUUCGACGAGACUGGACUCCUUCUCGGUCUGGAAUGCUGCUGGGUGGACUCUGUCGAUACCGUUGGAAAGACGAUGGUGGUGGACGAUAUACCACAUGGGUACCCUGGAGUCCUGAGACUCCCGAAGUCCGCCUACAUGCUGGACGAAUGGAGGACCGUGACCAGAGCAACGGAUCGCAUCGAUUACCCAAGCUCGGAGCCGAUCUUAGAUGCCUUCAUUCAGACACUAGUGGGCGGCCCGACGCAUCUUGAUAUGCCUUUCAUGAGACAACAAUACAACAUUCUUGAUCGACAGGCGCGUCUCAUCCGGGGCACCAUCAUCUUCCUUUUCGCUGAACCGGCCUCUCCCGAGCAACCGCCUCGGAAGCGGCGUGGGACAGGGCCUUCGCAGUUCUUGGAGCUCGACGAUGGUCUAGGUACAGUGGAAGAAGAGCAGGCCGUCAAGCCGAAAAAGACACUCUCCUUUUACAUGUCGAUUACCAUGCUUGCCCUUGUCGCGUUCGUCGUGUCCUGGGAGGCAACGACACUUGCCGUAGCCAUUCCUACAAUCACUCGCAAGCUUCACGGUACAACUCUUGAGUCAUUCUGGGCCAGCAUUGCCUUCAUGCUCGGCGUCGUCGUGACACAACCUAUCUACUCCAGCGUGUCGGAUGUCCUAGGGCGCAAGUUCCCGCUUUACGCAGCUACAGUCGUCUUCUCAGUCGGGUCGAUCGUAUUUGCCCUGGCAAACAACAUGUCAAUUCUCAUUCUAGGGCGCGUCUUGCAAGGCUUGGGCGGCGGCGGUCUCGACGUCCUGCAGGCCGUCAUUCUCUCCGACAUCACGACACUUAAGGAACGCCCCCUCUACAUUGGAUUCAUGUCCCUGGCUAUCGCAGUGGGCAGUGUGACAGGCCCCGCCGUCGGCGCCGCCUUCACCGACUAUGUAGAAUGGAGGUGGAUCGGCUGGGUCAACCUGCCCUUCACUGGCAUAGUUCUCUUGCUCAUCUUCUUUUUCCUACAUCUUCAGCCCCUCGACAUGACGCUCGCUGCCAAGAUACGCUGCCUGGACUGGGGCGGGAUGCUUCUCUUCGCAACGGGCACCAGCUUUUUUGCCCUGUCGCUGAGCUGGGCCGACGCUCUUUACCCCUGGGCGUCGUGGAAGACUUUGACCCCGCUGAUCGUGGGAGCGCUCCUCCUCGUCACGUUGAUCUCCUACGAGGCGAGGCCUGUCGAGCCUGUGUUCCCGCCCCGUAUCUUCUCCGGCAUCACGCUCGGCACGGCGCUAGUCUCAGGCUUCUUCAAUGGUAUGAUCAUGUACUCCCUGAUCCUGUACCUGCCCCUCUUCUUCCAGGCCAUCUUCCUCCGGGCACCACUACGCGCCGCCCUCUCUGCCCUCCCGGUGUGCCUAGUAUCGGUGGGAUUCAGCUUCGUCUCCUCCAUCGUCAUGGAGCUGACCCGCCGCUACCGUCUGCAGCUCUGCUUCGGCUGGGUCUUGACAGCCGUCUUCCUGGGGCUAUGGAGCCGUGUAGGCGAGAACACAUCUUGGGCUGAGAAUUACAGCCUGCAGGCAUUCCUCGGGGUUGGCAUUGGCACCGUCUUUACCACGACGGCCAUCCAGCUGCAAGCUGGUGUCGAGCGUGUCGACGACAUGGGCAUCGCUGCUGGGCUCCUCGUCGUCUUCCGACUCUUUGGCGCCCUCAUUGGCCAAUCGAUUGGUGCCGCCGUCUUCAGUUCGGUCUUUCAGAGAAGCCUUGCUGCCAAGUUUGCAGAGCUUCCUGAGGCACUCGAGGUACUGAGGGACCCCACCCGAGCGAUUGGUCUCAUUCCCUCCCUUGGCGACCUCAACUUGUUGGAUGGGGAUAUGCGAAAGCUCAUUAAACAAAAAGUUAUAGUUUUCUAA